CAACCAAUAACCUGAUGUCUAGAACCCCGCAGGCUUAAUAGAAUAUUUGAGUACUUGUAUAAAUCCUUGACUUUAUAUCUACAAUCAUUCUAUCAACAGCAAAAUGAUGUAUAGCAGCAUAUACUCUUGUUAUAUAAAUAAUAGAUACUACCUGUCUCCUGCUACUUAUCCCUCCUGUCCCUUCCCUCAAUUCUUCUUCGAUAAAACGAGUUCCUUGACAAAGCUAUUGUGUACACUGCAUUACAAUGCUUAUAGUACUACUACCACUUUGCCACCAAUAAGUAUGUAAUACUGCGCAACUCUUCCAAGAAAACAUCUGUAUUCAAUGAUAAAGCUCCUACGCCCUGCAUGCUUGCCUUCAACUGAUCAGUGAGCGGGACUUUGAAAACCGGGGCGGAGGCACGUGUACAGCUCGCAGUAAGAAAGAAAAAGGCGUCCGAAUUUUUGAACCUAACUCGUUUUUUUUUUUUGACGCGUGUCAAUCUACGAAAACUGUCAUGGCUCUACGCAUACCCAAAAGCACACUUCCUCAACUCUUUAAGGAGGGCUAUAAGUUCCAACAAGGCGUUGAUGAGGCAGUAUUGCGCAACAUUGAGGCAACUCACGAACUUGCCGAAGUUGUACGCACCUCGAUGGGUCCUAAUGGUCGUAACAAAAUGAUCAUCAAUCAUCUCGAAAAACUUUUCGUUACCAACGAUGCUGCAACCAUCAUUCGUGAAUUGGACGUUGUACAUCCUGCCGCAAAGCUACUUGUCAUGGCAUCUCAGCAACAAGAAUCCGAGUUAGGCGAUAAUACCAAUCUUGUCAUCGUCUUCGCCGGUGAAUUGUUGAAGAAGGCGGAACACUUGUUGCGUCUCGGCCUUCACCCUUCUGAGGUUAUUCAAGGUUAUGAACUUGCAAGAGAUAGAGCUCUUGAGAUUAUUCAAGACUUGUCCGUGGCUAAAGUUGAAGAUUUGAAGUCAAAAGACGAAUUGCUUAAAAGUGUCAAGGCAGCCAUUGGAUCAAAGCAAUAUGGUCACGAAGAUUUGUUGAGUGAACUUGUUGUUGAAGCCGCACAAAAUGUGAUGCCCAAGAACCCUACUGAUUUCAACGUGGAUAACAUUCGAGUUGUGAAGGUGAUGGGUUCCAGCAUCUAUGAAUCAAAGGUCGUGCGAGGCAUGGUUUUCGGUCGUGAGCCAGAAGGCCCUAUCCAGAGCGCCACUAAGGCCAAGGUUGCUGUUUUCACUUGUCCCUUGGAUAUCGCUCAAACGGAAACUAAGGGUACCGUUCUUAUUCACAAUGCACAGGAAAUGCUAAACUUUAGCAAAGAUGAAGAGAAGCAUAUGGAAAAGAUUUUCCAAGAACUGUCCGAUGCUGGUGUCAAGGUCGUUGUUACCGGUAAUGGUAUCGGCGAACUGGCACAACAUUAUUUGAACCGUUUCGGUAUCUUGUCUGUCAAGGUCUUGUCCAAGUUUGACCUUCGUCGGUUGUGCCGCGUUGUUGGCGCUACCGCAUUAGCACGUUUGGGUGCUCCUAUGGCAGAAGAAAUGGGCUACUGUGAUGUUGUUGAAACUGUCGAAAUCGGUAGCGACCGUGUUACUGUGUUCCGUCAAGAAGAAUUGGACCGCUCGCGUACCACCACUGUGGUGAUCCGUGGCGCAACACAAAACCACAUGGAUGAUAUCGAACGCGCUAUUGACGAUGGUGUCAACGUGAUCAAGGCUGCUACCCGUGAUCCUCGUUUGUUACCUGGUGCCGGUGCUGUUGAAAUGGAAUUGAACAAGCGUUUGCAAAUUGUUGCCUCCAAGACUCCUGGUUUGAAUCAGCACGCCAUCAAGAAGUUCGCUGAGGCACUUGAAGUGGUACCUCGCACUUUGUGUGAAAACGCUGGUAUGGAUGCCACUGCUGUCUUGUCCCGUUUGUACGCUGCUCAUUACCAAGAGGGCGACUCUGGCCUUAGUGUUGGUGUUGAUGUUGAGAAUGACAACGACGGCACUGCAGAUGCAGCCAAGAUUGGCGUCUACGACUCCUUCCCUGCCAAGCACUUGGCAAUCAAACUUGCCGCUGAUACAGCAAUAACAGUUUUGCGCGUAGACCAGAUUAUUAUGUCCAAACCUGCAGGAGGACCCAAGCCCCCCAAGCAGCAGGGCCACUGGGAUGAUGAUUAAAUAGUUCCUUUCUUUACUCCAUCUGCAUGAUUUCCAUAUCACACAACAGUAUAUUUCUCAAUCAAAAAGUCAUUUUAAAAUUGUUUUUUCAAAAAGAAUAUUAUA